AUGUCAGCGCCCAGUAAGUUAUCGCUGAUUACUUAGAUCGUAUAGAUAAAUAAAAUCAUUCAUCCCUUACCUGCUCAAACUUUGCUAAAAUUUUAGCUAAAAAAAUCCAUCAAAAAAUCUAAAAAGAAAAUAAUUUGCCAAAUUUCCGAGAUUCGUUUCGUUUCAAGUUUUCGUGUCAGGGGAAAGAAGCUGCUAUGUUGAUGUAUUGACAAGGGAUCGGCGAAACCGCGCAUCCUGGCUUUUUCUUGAGCCAUUUAAGAGCGUAGAAAACUGGUCUAGGAUCAACUUUUAUUAGCUGUUAUUUUUGCUCUACGCCUUAGCUAACCACCAAUAUCUAUUUGAAACUUAAACACUACUUCCAGACCUUAUUCGGUGCACAAUAACGACAAAACAUAAAAAAAAAGUCAAAAGAGAUUCAAAGCUGGUUCGCAGGUUCACCUUGCGCAGCCUUACCUCACUAGGCCACGUAAGCACUGCUGGGAAUCUGUAUCAUUUGUUUCCUCGGAAAAAGGUUGGGAUGCCUAGAACGAAAGAGUACUCGCUAGCUAAGGCGUAGAGCAAAAAUAGGAGCUACUAAAAGGUAAUCCUAUUUUUUGACGAACUUUCAAAUGCUGUAUGUCUCAACAAAAACCCAGAAUGUGGGGUUUUGCCGAGCCUUGUAAGACCGGGUCUUGGCACUGCUCUUUCCCUCUUUGCAGGUGUUCCAAUGGCAUCUCAAGUUCAAAUCGAAGAGCUCCCUGCGGGUCCACCAACUCCAAUACUGCGUCUCCAGGGCUCUUCUUCAGAAAAUCGUCCUCAUGUGACUUGGACUGCUGAUACUGUUGACAAUGAGAAUAUGGGAAGACUGAAGAGCAACUGCUGCUGUGUUUAUGUGAAACCAAGAAUCUGGGAUGAUCCUUCGACUUGGGAACAAGAUGAGAACGAGACUGAAAAUUGUCGUGGCCACACUCUCCCCCCACCCGACAAAAAAUAA